UCCCAGGGUCAGGAAGGUGCAGCAAUCAGAGGGCAGAAUGGCAGUCCACCCAGGGGGCUGUUAUAAAGCAGGAGAACCCAGGAUCCACACCUCCCAGACAAGACCCCAGAGGCGCCCUGCCCAGCAGCCUUCCUGGGGAGCAGGCCCGCAGCCCGAUGACAGGCCCUCACGCCCUGUCGUGUCUCCUCCUCCUGCCGCUGGGUGCCUGCUUUCCUCUGUUGGACAGAGAAGAGCCCAUGGCCACCGUGAGAGGUGUCAGAGAUGGAAUGAGCUGGGCCGACCUGCCCGGGGGACACCGCGCCCCCCUCCCACGGGGCUCCUCGCCGCGGCCGAGAGCCCCACAACCUCACGGCCUGCUUGUCAUGGCCAAGGAGCUGCAGACAUCGGGCCGACAGCGCGCUGGCUUCAGGUUCCGGUUCGGGAGGCAGGAUGAUGGUAGCGAGGCUACCGGCUUCCUCCCCGCGGGUGGUGAGAAGGCCAGCGGCCCAUUAGGGACCCUGGCCGAGGAGCUCAGCAGUUACAGCAGGAAAAAAGGUGCCUUCAGCUUCUGCUUUGGCCGGCAGUGAGGGGGCCGCUGUGUCCAUGGACCCUCCCUGCUACCACUCCCGCUCCUGUCUUCUCCUUGAGCCUGAAAGACCAGGAUACGAAGAAGGCAUGGGGAUUAUUAUAAUGAAUUCUUAGCAGUAGGAUCACUUAGGCGGGUGCUUGCUUUUGAUUUCCAACUUUGCCGAGACAAAGACCUGGAUGGUAUCAAAAAGGAGGUGGCCCAAAGCAAGCUGCAUCCCGGUGAAGAAGAAAGCGCUGCCCUUUCCUCUGUUGGACAGAGCGUCCCAGCCUCCUUCCCCGUGGUCUGGCUCUGAGCAGUCCCCUGGCCCAGCAGCCCGCAGCCGUGGCCUGCAGCCGUGGCCGCUGCUGGGCCAUGAAUAUGGACAGGCAGGGCUGGCAAUGGACAGGCAGGGCUGGCUGUGUCGGCUUCAGGCUGAAGGUAGGUGGGCUGAUGAUGACCGUGGGGUAAUCAAAGUUUGGAGUCUCCACAGGGACGCCUGUAGCUGACAUCCGAAGUGCAACUCUGAGGGAGCACGUCCCACCGACUAGAGAGGAUGGUUCUGAAAGUUAAAAAAAAAAAAAAAAAAAUUCUUGUUCUCCAUCCCAUUAACACGAGAUCCCUCUGGCAAGAAAACCCUGCUGUGGUGUCAAGAUGUCAUUCAGAACUGCCUGCCCAUUCCCUUCUGAUAACUGUCCUCGGUGGUACAGUGUUUGCCAAGCCAGGAGUCUAGUAGGAGAUGAACAAGGAAGGAAUAAAUUUU